GUGCUACUUUGCGCAAGCUUCCAUCUUGCUUUGUCAGUAUUUGUAGACGGACUUUUGCCCAAUGGCAACUUUGAGUACGGCCCGAAACCAUGGCAGAUGAAGGGUAGUAGAGUGAUAGAUCCCCACUCAAUACCACAUUGGGAAAUCUGGGGUUUCGUUGAGUACAUAGAAUCCGGUCAGAAGCAAGGAGACAUGCUCCUGGUAGUCCCCGAAGGCAGGUACGCGGUGAGGCUGGGGGAUGAAGCUUCAAUUAAGACCAAAGUUAAGGUUGAAAAGGAUUUGUUUUACUCGCUCUCGUUCAGUGCUGCUCGAACUUGUGCACAAGAUGAAGUAUUGAACCUAUCGGUUUCGCCCAACAAAGAGCCCAACGAUUGGGGAAUGCUUCCGAUGCAAACCAUGUACAGCAGCGAUGGAUGGGACUCUUACUCCUGGGGAUUCCUAGCUGACUCCGACGUGAUUGAGAUUUCCAUCCAUAACCCAGGAAGGGAAAAAGACGCUGCUUGUGGCCCUCUUAUCGAUUCUGUUGCCCUCAAGGCUUUGCGUAGGCCUCUAAAAACAAGAGGAAAUCUGUUGAAGAAUGGAAAUUUUGAAGAAGGUCCAUAUAUCUUCCCCAACACAGCAUGGGGAGCUCUAAUUCCUCCCAACAUCGAGGACGACCAUUCACCAUUGCCCGGCUGGAUAAUCGAAUCCCUCAAAGCCGUAAAGUACGUAGAUUCAGAACAUUUCAGCGUCCCAGAGGGAAAACGAGCUGUAGAACUCAUAGCAGGAAGGGAAAGCGCUAUUGCCCAGAUAGUGAAGACCAUCCCAGGCUGGUGGUACGAUCUAGUUUUCUCAGUGGGCGAUGCCAAGAAUGGGUGUGAAGGAUCUAUGCUAAUAGAGGCGUCUGCUGGGACGGUCACUCUUCAGGUGCCCUACCAGUCCUCUGGUAAGGGGCAGUUCAUCCGAGCCACCCAUCGAUUUAGAGCAGUUUCAAGGCGCACAAGAGUCAGGUUUUUGAGCAGUAACUAUCAUAUGAGGAGUGACAAUACUGGAACAUUAUGCGGUCCUGUGAUUGAUGAUGUUCGGUUGUAUAGUCUUCGUAAACUACUGACAAGUGACUUUACUAUAGCGCAAUUAUUUGAACUCCUGGAAGUUCAAAGUUCUGAAUUAUCAAUGCGUCUUUCUUCCCCUGCUGCUGUGCUAACUAAUUCACAAGUUGCAUGUGCAAUCAUAAUGUUUGAUGUUACAGCACGUUUGACCUUCAAGAAUGUGGCAACAUGGGUGUGCGAAAAUAUACCAACUGUUUUGUGUGGGAAUAAAGUGGAUGUCAAGAAUAGGCAGGUAGAAGCAAAGCAGGUCACAUUCCAUAGAAAGAAGAAUAUUCAGUACUACUACAACUACGAGAAGCCGUUUCUCUAUCUUCUUCGGAAACUUGCUGGGGACCCUAACCUUAACUUUGCAGAGCAGCCUGCUCUUGUACCACCUGAAGUUCGUAUUGACAUGGUUGCACAGCAGCAUGAAGUUGUACCGGGUUUAGGCUUUGUACCAACAUUACGUCUGGGUUCUGGUAUAUGUUCUGAAGCUCAGGUUCCUCUUAGUAAGGAAGUGCAUAUGACUCCUGCUUUUCUUCCUGCAAAUGAAAUAUGGUCCUGCAUCUUCAUCAACGUGAUAUCAGACUGCUGGAAAUUUUUGGAAAUCUAG